AUGUUGACGAAGUUUGAGACGAAGAGUAAUCGAGUGAAAGGGUUGAGUUUCCAUAGCAAGAGGCCAUGGAUCCUGGCGAGUCUCCACAGUGGCGUGAUCCAGCUCUGGGAUUAUCGCAUGGGCACUCUCAUUGAUCGGUUUGACGAACACGAUGGCCCCGUUCGAGGCGUUCAUUUUCAUAAAUCGCAGCCUCUUUUUGUAUCUGGAGGUGAUGAUUACAAAAUUAAGGUGUGGAAUUACAAAUUGCACAGAUGUCUGUUUACUCUUCUUGGUCAUCUUGAUUACAUCCGGACAGUUCAAUUUCAUCAUGAAUAUCCCUGGAUUAGCGGGAACAUUGAGAAAGCUCUCGAGUCCGCCAAGAGAAUAGACGAGAAGGACCAUUGGUACAGGCUGGGCGUGGAGGCUCUCCGCCAGGGGAAUGCCGGCAUUGUCGAGUACGCGUACCAGAAGACCAAAAACUUCGAGCGCCUCUCCUUCCACUACCUUAUAACGGGAAAUCUCGAUAAACUCUCCAAGAUGAUGAAAAUUGCUGAAGUCAAGAACGAUGUCAUGGGCCAGUUUCACGAUGCGUUGUAUCUUGGGGAUGUUCGUGAGCGUGUGAAGAUUCUGGAGAACGCAGGCCACCUCCCCCUCGCGUACAUCACAGCCUCGGUCCACGGUCUGCACGAAACUGCCGAGCGCUUGGCUGCUGAACUGGGUGAGAACGUUCCCUCUCUUCCCGAGGGGAAAAAGGCUUCUCUUCUGAUACCGCCGGGUCCCGUGCUGUGUGCCGGGGACUGGCCUCUAUUAAUGGUCAGUAAGGGCAUAUUCGAGGGCGGCCUAGACGAGGCGGCCAGGGGCCCUGCCGAAGAGGACUACUAUGACGAGGCAGCCGAUGCCGACUGGGGCGAGGCUCUGGACAUUGCUGAUGUGGACAACAUUGAAAACGGUGACAUCAGCGGGCUCGUCGACGAGCGUGGGGAUGAGGACGGCGAGGAGGGCGGUUGGGACCUGGAGGACCUCGACCUACCCGCCGAUGCCGAGACCCCAACGAAGUUGAAUAACAGUGCCCGCUCGUCAGUCUUUGUGGCCCCCACCCCAGGCAUGCCCGUGAGCCAGAUAUGGGUCCAGCGCUCGUCCCUGGCCGCCGAGCAUGCUGCUGCUGGCAACUUCGAUACCGCCAUGCGCCUGCUUAGUCGCCAGCUGGGCAUCAGGAAUUUCGGCCCGUUAAAAUCUCGGUUUGUUGACCUCCACAUGGGCAGCCAUACCUACUUGCGUGCUUUCGCCUCUGCCCCCGUCGUCUCGACCGCAAUCGAGGAGGACUGGAGCGAGUCAACGAGCCCGAACGUCCGUGGGCCCCCGGCCCUCGUCUUCAAUUUCCCACAGCUCGAGGAGAAGCUCAAAGCCUGCUACAAGGCCACGACUGCCGGGAAAUUCUCCGAGGCCUUGAAGAAGUUCCAGUCCAUCCUCCACACGAUCCCGUUGCUAGUGGUGAAGACACGACGAGAGGUGGACGAGGUGAAGGAGCUGAUUGUGAUCGUGAGAGAGUACGUUCUCGGUUUGCAGAUGGAGCUCAAGAGGAAGGAAUUGAAGGACAAUCCGGUCCGCCAGCAGGAGCUCGCGGCUUACUUCACGCACUGCAACCUGCAGCUUCCGCACACGAGGCUCGCGUUGAUGAACGCCAUGACUGUUUGCUUCAAAGCGCAGAACCUAAGCACGGCGGCUAAUUUCGCUAGGAGGCUCCUGGAGACGAACCCGAGUGUUGAGAACCAGGCGAAAAUGGCCCGCCAGGUGCUGCAGGCGGCCGAGAGGAACAUGAGGGAUGCGACCCAGCUGAACUAUGACUUCAGGAACCCGUUUGUGGUGUGUGGGGCCACGUACGUACCGAUCUACAGGGGGCAGAAGGACGUGGCAUGCCCUUACUGUGGUACCCACUAUGUUCUAUCACAGCAGGGGCAGACGUGCGUGGUGUGCGAUCUCUCAAUGAUUGGGUCGGAUGCAUCGGGCUUGCUGAGUUCGGCUUCGCAGUUUUUGAGCAGGUACGUGAUGGAUGUGGAAGAGAAGGAGGAUUUUACGGCAGCCUGA